CGACAUUCUUUAGCGAGAGGGCUGCCCACCAACAAGGCUGAGCUCAAGAUGAAAUCAGUACCCGUCCCUUUGCUCUGGGAUGGACAGAACAGGUCUAUUACUCAACCGCUCGUGCCGUUCUGCAUGGUCCUUAUACGCAUGGCUUGAUUAGUUUAUAUAUUUCAAGGUCUCUGACAUAGGUAUAAAGAUAUCCUGCCUGUCACGUGUCCGCCCCAAUUUAUCUCACCAAUUCGAAACCCAUUUUUCAACUUCUUCUACUGGAGAGCAAAAUCCUAAACUCAUCUGCUAGACCCUCGCCACCGAUCCAAAAUGGCCUCUGGUACUUUUGAUGAGGUUUUGGGCCUAGAAGAACAGUUUUACGAUGAGGGUUACCAGCAAGGAUUGGCGGAUGGAAUCAAAGCAGGCCAGAUUGAAGGGCGAACCUUCGGGCUUGAAAAGGGGUUCGAAAAGUACGUCGAAAGCGGACGACUCCACGGGAAAGCACUCGUCUGGGCAAACCGCACCCCUCGUCCCCAAAGCAAGACCGCCACAGGGCCAGAAAGCAACCCUCAAUCAGAUAGCCAUCUCGCCGCCUCCGGUCUCAAGCUCUCAAAUCUCCCAGCCAAUGCAAGGCUCGCAAAGCAUGUCAAGAUAUUGUAUGCUUUAGCGGAAUCGGAGAGCCUCUCCACAGAGAACACGGAGGAAGCGGUGUCGGAUUUCGAUGACCGUUUGAAGAGGGCCCAUGUAAAAGCCAAGCUUAUUGAAAGGAUGGCUGGCGAAGCUAGGGGAGAGGCGACCGCGAGCAGUAAGGACGGCAGUAUUGAAGAUGUUAGUGUUUUAAAUGCGAGACAUUAAAUACUAUGGGUAGCUGUUACAGAUACAGUUGGCUAGUGUUGUCGAUGCAUAACAUCAAAAUCGCCAUCUCAGCCAUCUAUCAAUAUCAGAGAACGGACCG